UAUACGAACUUGAAAACUGUAUCAAUGCAAAUUGAAACUAGAACUUAUGCGCAAGCAGUUGAAUGUUUGAAUUCUUUACAAACAAAUGCUGCUAUUAUCGAAGCAAUUAAUAAAACGGGUGGUAGUGCUAAUUCAAGAAGUCUCCCGGAAAUGAGAGAAUUUUGUCGAAAAAUCGGUUAUGAG